GAAUACCAAUAUUGUAUGAUCUAUGCAAGGGGUCUCGCAUUGAACAGAUACUAAACGAGUUACAGUAUGUUGUUGAGAAAAAUGCGUUUGACGAUCUUUUUUCUUCUGUGCCUUUUGAUUGCUGUACUUUGUCAAGGAACACAACCAAAGAAAAAUGUCGCCUCGCAAGAUGUUGGCAUGUCUUCCACUUUUAAACAAGAGAUAUUGAAUCUAAUGGGGCUCCCUCGUAGACCACGACCGAACAUGGUAACUCGUCUGUACGGCCGACGAUUCUCUGCUCCGUUGUACAUGAUGAAACUCUAUAACAGUCUAUCGCAGAACCAGACUUAUCAUGAUGGAUUCUGUUGUAAUGGAACUAUAGCAGAUUGGAGAGCAUUAGGAGCAGAUACCAUCAUGAGUUACUUGAAUCAAGUGAAAGGAAAGCGACCCAAAAUCUCCCACCAUCAUGCAAUCUUCAAAUUCAAAGUCGAAUCUCCUCAAKGUGAAAAAGUUACAGCAACAGAGUUCCGUCUGUACAAGGAAAUCAUGCCAGCAGACAAACAGUCGUGGCGAAACUCCACGUAUGUGGUUCGCUUGUACCAAAUCAUUUACCCAGCCCAGGUAUUAGAUCUACUGCAGACUAGAGUAUUACGAAAUUGGGAGAGUGGAUGGCAGGCGUUUGAUAUCACAAAAGCUGGCAAAGUUUGGUCCGAAAAUCCAUCCAAAAAUUAUGGUCUCGAGUUGUCAAUCGUCAAUCUGUAUGACGAAGAGGUCAGUCCAUAUCGGGCUGGUUUUGUUGGAUUUCAUGGGCCUCAAGAAAAACGACCGUUUCUGGUUUCAUUUUUUCGCCAAGAUGGCAAUGGCGAAUAUUUCAAGCGAUUUUACCCAGAAGAGGURCGUCAGCACCGAGCUGCAAGAGUACCGCGUUCUCUCGACUCUCAAUUAGGCGGGGGAGGGGGGAACUAUCAGCAAGGCGGAAGUAAAUUAUGUCAACUUCGUCUUCUGCAUGUCAGUUUUCGUAAACUUCGCUGGCAAGAUUGGGUGAUCGCGCCUGAAGGUUACUCCGCAUUCUACUGUCACGGAGAGUGCUCUUUUCCUUUGAACUCCAAUAUGAAUGCAACAAACCACGCUAUCGUACAAACGCUUGUCCAUCUGAUGAAUCCCAAGACAGUACCCAAACCCUGCUGUGCACCGACCAAGUUGUCUCCUAUAUCUGUAUUGUUCUUUGAUGACAGUAAUAACGUUGUGUUGAAAAAGUACAACAGCAUGGUUGUUAAAGCUUGUGGUUGUCACUAAAGGUACAUUGUUCAUAAGAUCAGCAACCGUUCAAGAUAACAGAAGACGUAUCAAACGGCUAAUGUCUGGUUUCACGAUAGUUUUAGAAUGAGGAAUUCAUCUCAUGAACUUGGUGAACGCAGUGUACAUUAAGUACGACAGUGGAUAUUAUUCGGAAUGAUUUCAGGGGGGGGGGGGAUCUGUUGUCUGGAAAGGCAUCACAUAGCGCCUUUUUAGGUCUUACCUUCUCCUUCAUUCUUAUUUUUCAACUCCAGACUAGUCACCCAAUGCACCCCGAAGAUCAGUCAUGAACAUCAGUCAUGAUUUUUGAAAAGUAUGAUUUUUUAAAGAAAACCUUUGCUUGACACAAGAGAAGACUGUUUUCAUGCAGAAUUUCAAGUUUUGAAAAUUUAUAUCUUCGUGAUUUUUGAAGUUACUUUCUUCAAAAUCCAAGAUUUUUAACAUACUCUUUCCUGCUAUCAUAAUCAGUCUUCUGUCUCGCAAGUUUUGGAGUUACACGAUGAAAACUCAUUGUAGAGAAAUGAUGGUCAUGGUGUUGCAGUGUAAAGUACGAGCUACGAUGUGGAAGUGUUCCAUAAACGUGCUUUGCAUGAAACAUGAUAAAACAUUAAGUACAGUAUGAGAACCUCUAUUAGUGGCCAAGCGCAGGAAUUGCCAAGCGGCCGCAAAAUAGAGGCUGUCUGUUUAAUGAGUGGCCGCUUUACAGAGGUUCUGCAUGACUUCAGUCUAUAUUAGAGAUUAAAUAGAUAACUAGGAUUUGAUGGUGCAGUUUUUAUUGUUUUUAGAGCAAUAUAUCAGUUUUAUUAUCAGUACAUUAUAAAUAAAUAUGGAAGAUAAUAAGAUACUAGCUGACUCGAUGCUUGUUAUAAUACGUUAAUCAAGCCAUUUGGCCCCAACAUUACGUGCAAUAAAUGAGAAGAUAUCGGAAUACUCUUCAAUCUGUAAAACAAAAAUAUAUUCAUGUAAAUUAAUAAAGGAUUUCUAACAA